CCCUCAGUUACUCUGUCACAGUUGUUUUUGUGAGGCUGAAAAUGGAUAUUAUACAAUAUUUUUGCUGGAGAAAUGAUGAGAGAGUUGAGCUUCUAAUGCCAUUAUUGCUCAGUUUGUAAGCUUCUUGCCCAAAAUUUGAAAAAGGGUCACAAGUAAAUUUAAAAAAAAAAAAAUCAGUUGUGAAGAUAGAUAGACAUGCACAUUGGAAUCUUGCUUCUUCAUUCUGAAAACCCUGAGGACUGACCAGCUCAAGCUUCCCAAAAAAAGAGGAAAAUUGCUCUGAGCUACUUUGGCCUCAUCAUUAUUUCAGUACCUGAUGGAGACAUGAUCCCAAUAAAGAUCCUUUCUUCUCUGCCAUGGUGGAGCUUGAUCAGGACGAAACUGCACCCACCAGUGCUGCUAACAUGUCCUCCAAAAAGAAAGAGCUUCUGUCCACUGCCAUGAAGAGAACCAGUGAAUGGAUUUUCUCACAGGAAAUCCCCAGCGAUGUCACUGUUCUUGCUGGAGGAGCUUCCUUUUCAUUGCACAAGUUUCCCUUAGUCUCAAAGUGUGGAUAUAUAAGGAAAUUGGUAUCUGAAUCUAAUGAUGCUGAUGUUUCUGAGAUUCAAAUCUCUGAUAUCCCUGGCGGGGCAGAAGCAUUUGAACUUGCAGCUAAGUUCUGUUAUGGGAUAAAUUUCGAAAUAAGUACAGAAAACAUAGCCUUGCUUCGAUGUGCGGCUGAGUUUCUAGAGAUGACUGAGGAUUAUGCAGUUGGAAACUUGGUGGCAAGAACUGAAGCCUACUUGAAUGAAGUGGCACUUAAGAGUCUUGCUGGGGCAGUUUCUGUCUUACAUCUAUCAGAAAAUCUCCUUCCACUGGCAGAAAAAGUGAAAUUGGUGAGUAGAUGCAUUGAUGCAAUUGCAUUCAUGGCCUGCAGGGAAAGCCAGUUUUCAAUGUCAGGCAGAUCUGAUAGCAGCAACGAGGGCGUUCUUUCUUCCACAGUUUCUCAACCAAAGCCCAUUGUUGAUUGGUGGGCUGAAGAUCUAACUGUUCUUAGGAUUGAUAUCUUCCAAAGAGUUUUGGUUGCAAUGAUGGCUAGAGGGUUUAAACAAUAUGCUCUUGGUCCCAUUCUUAUGCUCUAUGCUCAGAAAUCACUACGAGGUUUGGAAAUAUUUGGAAAGGGAAGGAAGAAAAUUGAACUGCAACAAGAGCAUGAAAAGAGAGUUAUUUUAGAGACAAUUGUAAGUCUUCUGCCAAGGGAGAGGAAUGCACUAUCAGUUAGCUUCCUAUCCAUGCUGCUACGCGCAGCGAUAUAUCUCGAAACGACAGUUGCUUGCCGGCUUGAUUUGGAGAAGAGGAUGGCCUUGCAAUUAGGGCAGGCUGCCUUGGAUGAUCUCUUGAUUCCUUCAUACUCAUUUACUGGAGACACAUUGUUUGAUGUUGAUACAGUUCAGAGGAUCAUGAUGAAUUACCUCGAAUUCGUAGUCGAAGGAAACCGAAUGGCAUACCAAGUAGAUGAUGAGUAUGUUUCUCCUCCACCAACUGACAUGGAAAGGGUUGGGAAGCUGAUGGAGAACUACUUAGCAGAAAUAGCCUCAGACAGGAACUUAACUGUUUCAAGAUUCAUUGGUGUUGCUGAACUUAUUCCAGAACAAUCAAGGAUAACAGAAGAUGGAAUGUAUAGAGCCAUAGACAUCUUCCUCAAGGCCCAUCCUGCUUUAAGUGACAUGGAGAGGAAGAAAGUGUGCAGUUUAAUGGAUUGUCAGAAGCUGUCAAGGGAGGCUUGUGCUCAUGCUGCUCAAAACGACAGGCUUCCUGUGCAGACUGUGGUUCAGGUGUUAUACUACGAGCAACAGCGUCUUCGAGAUGUCAUGAAUGGCAAUCUCAUGGUUGGUGAUUCCCCUGCACUCCCUGCCAAAAUGAACUUGUACUCCACCGAUAUCCAUCCUGUUUCUGAUGAAAUCUCCAGCCUGAAGAGAGAGAAUGAAGACCUAAAACUCGAGCUUGUAAAAAUGAAAAUGCGAUUGAAGGAAAUCGAAAGGUCUGGUGGCAGAUCAGCCGCAAGCAGUCCAAUGUCCAUCUCCAACACUACGCCAUCUGCUGAUAAACCUCCGUUGCCUCGAAGAUCAUUUAUAAAUUCAGUGUCCAAAAAGCUUGGACGGCUUUAUCCUUUCGUGCGUGCUGAUGGUGAUUCUAUUUCCAAGGGUCGGCCAAAACCCAGCAAGAAUCGGCGGCAUUCGAUAUCCUGAAACAUGGGUUUCACCAGUGGCUCUGCAUUGCAUGGAGUAUAGUGUCUUUUUCUUUUUGGGAGCUUUGUGUGUAAGACAGGCUUGAGAAGACUAGUAGCUAGCUUUCUGUUUUCGUUUUUCGCUUUUAUCUUUACUUUCUGCUUUUUGUGUGAUACUUCUUGUAAAUAACAUUGCCAUUGUUUCAAAGGCUAAUUACUCAAAUUGAUGCUCCGAAAAUGUCUGAAUUUGUUCA